AUGCCACCGGGUUAUAAUACAAAUCCUAUAAGAAAUAAUUCUCUGUGCUGUGUUGAACAUCGGAAACUUGGCAGAAGAUAUCGUGAACCUGCAGUUUACCGACGUCCAGAAAAGUUUAUAACGAAGUUUAAACGACGCCCUGCAUUCUCUACGCAACAAAUUUUAGCGUUAGAGAAGAUAUUUCAUAAGAAACCACAUGUUAACAGGCAAGAGAGACGAAUAUUAACGGAGAGGUUAAAUGUUAACGAAAAAGUUAUAAAACUAUGGUUUAAAAACCGUCGUCAAAUAUCUGGUCUAAGAAAUAGAACACGAGUAAUUUCCGAUUCCUCAGAAGAAGAAACCGAAAAUCAUUUUAAUCUAGAUUACGUUCAAUCCAGAAUAAAUAAACCUGACGAAUUUGGAUACGUCACUUUGGAUGACAGAGCUAUGAAGGAAUUGAUAACUGUCAUUGACUUGCUUUUGACAGAUGUAGAUUUAGAUGGGGCGUCUAAGGAAUUAAAGAAUAAAAGUUCUUUAAACUACGAACCAAUAUCCCCAGUAAGCAUUCACGAAAAUUCAGAUGAAAAUAUGUGUUUUCCGAAAUGGGAACUUUACGAACCCGAGGAAUCUUUAAGGCGCUUAUUCGACGUUCAAGCAUUAAUAACUAAAUAA